AUUUUCCCAACGAACAGCACAAACCCAAUACAACGAGAUCCGUUUUUCUUCCUUCUUGUUCACUUAUCCCUUUUUACUCCUUGCAGGCUGCUAGGCUUUUUUCUCCCCCUUUUUUUGCUAUAGUCCUCAAUUGAUACAAUCAAUGUCUUAUCGGUUCGUUCGCUUUGGUUGAUUGUUGGAGAUAUCAUACCAUACUAUACUAUACAUACUGCUCCAUUUGUCUCUCCUCUCUGGAUUUGAAUUUCUAUUCCUCCUGCAGAAACAAGCCUGACUUCUCUAUCGAAGAGUGGACGAUUCUACACCGGAUUAGCUGUCGGGCAGCUUUGCCUUAUACAGUUAGCUGUCCGUUCUAUCCAUCUUUCCAACUUGGGGGGUCAAUUCAACUGAAUUCAUCUGGAGGAUAUAUGUUGGCAGUGUACCCUUAGAAGAAGCCAGGCUACAUUGGAUCGAGGGUGAGUGGGUUGACGUUGAGACGCGUUGGUCUGGUCUACUGCCCUUGCGGCCCUCGAAUACCUAUCCAACAAAUACAGCUCUCAACCAUUUGCGGUGAUGCGCACUGAUUGAGCGGUCAAGUAACCAAGUGGAAGAGAAUCCCAAAGUCACGAUGCCCUACAGACGAAGAUACUACUGGCCCGAAUUCCAGUUAAGCAUCUGGAUCAUCCUCAGCCUAGCAGCCUCAGCAACAUGCCUGGGCGUCUUUGCAUGGUUUCUGACUGUUCAAUCACAGAUGGGAUUGGGGACGCCAUGGAUAAUGCCCUUCAUGGUAACGACAGGCAGCUUAGGCGUCUGCUUCAUAAUCUUCAUCCAGAUCCUGGCAGCACAACGCUCGCUUCUCCCUGGUGUCAUCAUGACGGGCAGCUUCAUCCUCUUUGUGUUGUGGUUGACGGGCCUAAUCGAUACGGCGAUCCAGCUCUUCAGCACCUCGGGCAAUAUCAAUGCUAAUUGUCAGACAUAUGUUGUGCAGAAUGAGUCAAGGGGGAAUAGUUUGGCGACGUUGGCAUGGUUGACGCAGAAUACUAUUUGUAACUGCUGGAAAGCCUCAUUCGCAUGGGAACUGGUCAAUGUGAUUCUCUACCUCUGGUUGAUGAUUAUGUGCUAUCAAGUGAACAUAGAUUUCUUUACUUGACGUUGUUUCUGUUUAUUUUAUUUUUAUUUUUUGACAUGAUUUAUGAAAACGUGAUGGAUGGAUAUUAUAUUACGUAUGAUUAACUGACCUACAUGGGAGAGCAGGAGUUCCAGGGUUCUCGGGCUAUACGUUUUACUAUAUAUUUGUUCCUGUCGAUUGGCAUGUUCAUGUUUAUACUAGUGUUCAUCGUAAAAUAAUGCCAUGAGAAUAUCCACAA